UUUCCCUCCAAAAACAUUGCAAGUACUCCGUAAUUCAUAUACACCAGCAGCCAGCAGAUGUUUUGGUUCCUUCAGAAAAUCCAAAUGGCGACUAUGCUCAUGUGUAUAUGAUUACUUUAUGCAUGUAUAAACAGCUCAAUCUCCCCUCACGCCAGCAGAUAAGUUCGAUUUUAUCAGUUACCACCUUGCGCUUUUGAUGAUGAAUGUCGUCAAUCGUCCCUUCUUCUGAACAUUCUCAGUGACACAGAUCAGCGAUUAUUGAAAGCACAGAGACAUAUUGGAGGGAGAGUUAGAUCUUUUUUAGUUGUUACUCUAGCUGUUCAUCAUACAUUCGUGCUUGCACCUACUCCAUGAGGCUCCCUGAUUGCGUUAAGAACUUAAGCUGUGAAAUCGGAGAUGAAAUUGUGCCUGAUUCUGAAGACGAAGGAAUGCAUGAAACCGAAGGCAUUCAUGCCAAAGCACAAAUAAGGGGAAGGUGUGUACGCAGGAGAAGAUAUGCUCCUUCCGAUCAUUCAUGUGAAGGAUACCUAAGGAAGCAGAGGAGUCCUUUGUUGGCUAUCAAUAGGAACUUAGAUGUUGAUAAGGGCUUGCAAAAUCGGGAGUGCAAUGAAAGAGCUAAUAAUUUGGGCAACUACAUUGAAUCUCAAGAACCGGAAUCUUCAGAAGAAGAUGCAUUGAAAUUUGUUGACCUUUAUCUAUCAAACAACGAACCAGAUGGAUUUCAUCAUGUUGAAACUGGAAUGCUGGGUAAGUCAGUGUCACCACCCCGAGUUUUACAACCAAACAGAUCUCAAAGUUUGGCAAGGAUAAAGAACCGGACACACAUUGUGAAGAAGCUGGAAGUAUUUGACUGGUGUGACAAUUCAAGUGACAAUGAAGAGAGUUUUACUCCAUUAAACAGAAGAAAAAUAAACUUCGACUUUGAGUGCAACGGAGGAGAAGUCUGUGAUGGGAUCAUAGGCGGUCAAAAACAGAAAGCAUUAGGUAACAUUUGCCAAUUGAAUUGUGUGGAAGGAAGGUUAAGUGCAAGUGAAAUGCAGCAGUCAGAGUUUCAGGGCGUGGACACUAAUUUUGUGAAUGAGGUUGAUGAGAAUGCCACUGUGAAAUCACCUAAGAAUCUUUUGGAAGAUGACCAAAAUCAAAUGGAUGUAGCAUGUACAUAUGAGGUAGGCUUUGACACUCAAGUUGCUGCUGAGGCUAUGGAAGCUUUGUCUUAUACCCUUCCUCUAAAUUUGGAUCCUUCUUCUAAGCAUAAGGGUCCACAAAAAACAGACCAAGUCAAAAGAGUAACUGGUUUUGAAUUACCACCCCAAGUGGAAUUAGGCUUUCAAUUUUCUGGAAAGCUUCCUACAAAGAAAAGAACUUACAGAACAUCUUCUAGAAAGUUAUGCCAUGAGAAAACCUUGCCGAGGAAGUUGGAUGUUGAUUUUAAUCAAUUCCAAGUUCAAAAAUGUGGUUCAAGUGUCACAAGGAGGGAGGAGUUAGGUAGUAAUCAAAGUAGGAAGCAAUCAUUCUGUAGUUCUUUAGGAAGUCUUAGUGAUAGUUUCCAAAACAGUCCAGAGGUUAUGAAAUCGAAAGAUAACAUAGGAUAUUGGAGUCAUCCCAGGGGAAAAAGGACAUGUAAAGGGAUACCCCACCAUUCAUUUAGAAGGAAUAAUCACUAUGCUUCUUCAAGUGUUGUUUCAAAUUGUAAAUCUAUCACCAAUAGUUACAAAGGGCUCUCUAGCUGUCAGUAUGGGGACAAUUCUACAAAUCUGCAAUUGGCUGAAUCGUAUGACCAGUUAUCAAUAGUAUCUGAUGUUAUGUCAUCUGACCAAACGUUAAAAACUGUUUCAAGUGGGAACCAUAUUGCACCAUACAUAUUCAAUGGAAUCAAGAAAGGAAGGCAACAGUCUAAAUCAUUCCUUACUAAAGAACUUACUAAGUUGGGGUACACAGAAUCACUUCCUGAUUUCAUGCCGAGGGAUUCAAGGAGGAGGAAAGGUCAUGAAAAUGUUAAAAUCUUGCUCAGCAAGAGUUUGGAUAAGAGCAUAAUUGAACGCCAGAAAAAGAUUGUGUCACAGUUGGGCUUUUCCAUUACAUCUUGCUGUUCUGAGGCUUCCCACUUUGUUUCGGAUAAAUUUCUAAGAACAAAGAAUAUGUUAGAAGCAAUGGCCAUUGGCUUACCUGUGCUUACACAUUUGUGGCUUGAGAGUUGUGGACAAGCAAACUAUUUUAUUGAUGAGAAGAAUUUCAUCUUGAGAGAUGAUAAAAUGGAAAAAGAAUUUGGCUUUAGCAUGCCUGUUUCACUUGCCCUUUCUCGCCAGCAUCCACUUCUGAGAGGUCAUAAAGUGUUUAUUACCUCAAAUGUGAAACCAAGUAAAGGCAUUAUCCAGAGCUUAGUGAAUGUAGUUCAAGGCCAGGAAGUCACUUUCGAAAGUGGAGAUAUAAUAACUACUCAAGGAGAGAUAUUAGUUAUUUCCUCCGAAGAAGAUUACACAACCUGUGCACCAUUUCUAAAAAGGGGAACUGCAGUGUACAGUUCGGAGCUUUUGCUUAACGGCAUUGUUACUCAGAAACUCAAUUUUAAAAGAUAUCGGCUGUUCCAUGAUUCUGUGAAGGAAGACUGCUGAAUCUCUCAUCCAAGCUAACAUGGAGAUCAUUCAUGUACAUAUCUGUAAUGGUUUUUGCAGGACCAUAACCUUUCAAUGUAACAAACAUGUGUAACAUUGUGUGAAGCAGUUUUGUGGAAACAGAAAGGUUGAAGGGUAGGCCGGCUGCUAAUUAUGGCUCCAGUGGUUUGUGUUUGCAUUCGACUUGGUCACUUUUUCGCAUGUGUUAAAGUUAUUUGGCAAACUUUUUAAACGUGGAGACCAACUUUUUU